UUAAAGGUGCUGUUGUUCGCCCGAUCGAACUCGCCCAAGGAAAGAAAGAAAAAUUCUUCCCUUUUUCGUUGUUGGAAUUCCCUCUCAACUCUUCGAUCCAUCCUUUGAUUCAAAGCAGUAGGGAAGAAGGCGGAAUCAGGGAGAAAAAGGUGAAAAUCUUGAAAAAAAGAUCGAAGUUUCCGAGGUGUCGUGGCUUCUCAAACUUUAUGGAGUUUGAGGCAGAUGACGAGGGUGACGCGUGAUUUUGGAGACUCAAUGCAGAAGGAGGCAAUUCAUUUGGUAUCAUCUGAUGUGAAUUUUGUAUCAGGACGGUUUCCGGAUUAUCAGAUAGGAGCCAACAACAUAAUUAUUGAGCCAGAGGAGAAUCCUCAGAUGCCCUCUCUAAAAGAGCUUGUUGCAAAGGAGACAGCUCAGCUGCUGGAGCAGCAGAAGCGUCUCUCUGUCCGUGACCUUGCGGAUAAAUUCGAGAAGGGUCUGUCUGCUGCUGCAAAAUUGUCAGAUGAGUCAAAGUGGAGAGAAGUGGCUUCAUUGGAUAGACAUGUCCUCCUGAAGAAACUCAGGGAUAUACUGGAUCAACUCAGAGGCCGAGUGGCAGGUCGAAAUAAGGAUGAUGCUGAGGAGGCCAUUUCUAUGGUGGAAGCUUUAGCAGUUCAAUUGACUCAAAGAGAAGGAGAGUUGCUUCAUGAGAAAGCAGAAGUGAAAAAGUUAGCAACUUUUCUCAAACAGGCUAUUGAGGAUGCAAAAAAGGUAAUUGAAGAGGAAAGGUCUAUUGCUCGUGCAGAAAUUGAAAGUGCUAGAGCAGCAGUGCAGAGAGUUGAAGAGGCCCUUCAAGAACAAGAACGGAUGUCCAGAAGUGCUGAGAAACAGGAUUUGGAAGAAUUAAAGAAAGAGGUUCAAGAGGCCAGGAGAAUCAAAAUGCUGCAUCAGCCAAGCAGGGUAAUGGAUAUGGAACAUGAACUUCAAGCACUGCGAGUUCAGAUUGCAGAGAAGUCCAUGCAUUGCAUUCAGCUAAACAAAGAGCUUGCAAUGAUGAAAAAGCUUGAGGAGAACCAGUCAAAUUUGUAUGAUCUUGAGGGUUCUGAAAGUCUAGGGUCAUGUUUACGUAUUGUUCCUCGAAUUGAUCCUGCACCAGACAUCGCUAAUUGCUCUAUUCGGUGGUACCGUACUGAAGGAAGCAAGAAAGAAUUAAUUUCAGGGGCAUCAAAGACGGUGUAUGCUCCAGAACCUUUUGAUGUUGGGCGAUUUUUGCAAGCCGAGAUUGUUUUAAAUGAUGAAAGGUUCACAGUGACAACAGCUAGUCCGAUAGAUCCUGCUGCAGGAUUGGGAAGCUAUGUGGAGGCCCUUGUGAGAAGGCCAGAAACUGAGUUUAAUGUGGUUGUCACCCAAAUGAAUGGUCGUAAUUAUUCCUCGCAGUCUAUUCAUGUGUUUCAUGUGGGGAAGAUGAGAAUUAAACUUUGUAAGGGGAGGAGUACAAAAGCGAAAGAAUCAUAUUCUGCUUCAAUGCAGCUUUGUGGGGUUAGAGGUGGUGGAAAUGCAGCAGCUCAGUCAAUCUUUUGGCAAGCUAAGAAAGGUCUUUUCUUCAUAUUAGCUUUUGAAUCAGAGAGAGAAAGGAAUGCAGCAAUCAUGCUUGCCCGAAGAUUUGCUUUUGACUGUAAUGUCAUUCUUGCUGGACCUGAUGAUCGAGCUCCCACGGGGACCUCAUAAAGGUGAUGACUUCCGUAUGACUGUAAGUAUGUUGAGGCUGUGCAGAUGUGUAUUUGUAUGAUUGUUAUAGGUGAAAGCUGAUGGAGUGACUGUAACUGAGGCUUCUAUUAUUCUAAUUAUGUUCAGCACCUGGGCAUCCUUUUAUUUGCCUUCACACCAAUUUGUAACCAUUCAUUUACAGCUAUUGUAUAAGUGGCUUCUGUUAUUCUGAUUGUGUUCAUCGUUAA